AGGCUGCGAGUCUCGCUGCUGCAGGCUGUGGUGGACCGGGCUGGAUCGCGGAUUCUGAUCCGGGUUUGGGGGUGGAUUGCGGUUUGGGGUGGAUCCCUGGUUCGGGGUGGAUCGCAGACUUGGGGCUGGGUGAGGGUGGAAAGGCCACGAGGAGCCCGGCGGCUCAGGAGUCGGUGGUGGGCGUCUGAGGAGAAGUCGCCACCAUGAGGAAGCUCUUUAGCUUCGGGGGACGCCUGGGCCAGGCGUUCCGGGGCUCCGCCGACGACGAGUACUCCGGUCCCGGGUACCACGUCCGGGACUGGGAACUGCGGAAGAUCCACAGGGCGGCCCUCCAGGGCGAUGCUGCGGGGGUGGAGCGCUGCCUGAGGCGCAGGAGCCGGGAUGUGGACGCCCGCGACAGGAAGGACAGGACUGCUCUACAUUUGGCCUGUGUUUAUGGCCAUGUGGAAGUUGUCAGUCUGUUAGUGAGCAGACAAUGCCAGAUUGACAUCGGUGACAGACUAAACAGGACACCUUUAAUGAAGGCUGUACAUGGCCAGGAGGAGAAUUGUUCCAUUUAUCUGCUGAAACAUGGCGCGAAUCCAAACAUUCAAGAUGUCUAUGGAAACACCGCCCUUCAUUAUGCUAUAUAUAAUAAGGGGACUUCACUGGCAGAAAAACUUCUUUCCCACCGUGCAAAUAUUGAAGCAAUAAACAAGGAGGGAAACACACCUCUUUUGCUAGCUGUAAUUUGCAAGAGACAGCAAAUGGUGGAAUUUUUGGUAAAAAAUGGGGCAAAUGUACAUGCAGUUGAUAAUUUCAGAAGAACAGCCCUCAUGCUUGCGGUCCAUCAUAACUUUCCAAGUAUAGUCAGCUUUCUCCUUGCGCAAAAUAUUAACAUCUUUUCUCAAGAUAUAUUUAAACAAAAUGCUGAAGAUUAUGCUAUUUGUUGCGAUAUGAUAAGAAUUCAACAACAAAUUUCAGAACAUAAAAAUAAGAUACUUAAAAAUCAUCUUCGAAAUGACAAUCAAGAAACAGCAGCUACGAAGCCUGCAAAUUUAAAAAAAAAGAAAAAAGAAGAAGAAGAAGAACAAGAAGAACAAGAAGAAGAAGAAGAAGAAGGUGCAAAGGCAGAACAUGACUUAAAAGUGGCUUCAGAGGAAAGGCAAGAAAGUCUUGAAAGAAGUGAAAGCCAACAGCCACAGGAUUGUCAACGUUAUGGAAAAAAGAAGGAUGUGAAGUCUGAAAACUGCAUGUUGAAGAAAGAUAUUGCCGUACUCAGACAAAAAGUAUAUGCAAUAAAAAAUGACAGUCUCCAAAAGGAAAAGGAAUAUAUUCAGGAAAUUAUAAGUAUUAAAGAAACAAAUACUAACUUUCAAAACAGUGUAGGACUCAAUGAGGAAAUGAUAACAAAAACAAUGUCCGAGUAUUGUCAACAGCUUAAUGAUCUCAAAGCUGAGAAUACAAGGCUGAAUUCAAAACUGGAGAAGGAAAAACACAGCAAGAAACGACUGGAAGCUGAAGUUGAUUCCCUCUAUUCUAGACUGGCUGUUGCUGUAAAUGAGCACAAAGAAAGUAUGCAAACAAAGGACGUAGAACUUACUUUACAAAGAACAAAAGAUGUUUAUUUACAAGAAAUAACGAGUUCUAAUAUUUCUCAACUAAAAGAUAAGAAUGAGUUGCUUACUGUACUACUUUCUAAAGCUCGAAUGAAGUUUAAUACCUUAAAAGGUAAGCUCCACAAGACAAGAGAUGCUCUCAGGGAAAAGACAUUGGCUUUAGAGAGUGUAGAGAUGGACCGAAGGCAAGCACGGCAUCAAAUAAAGGAAAUGAAACAGAUGCAUCCAAAUGAAGAAGCUAAAAAGAACCAAUUCAUGGUAAAGCAGAACUGUGAAGAGAGAAUAUGUCAACUAGAACGUGAAAAUCUCUUGCUUGAACAACAACUAGAGGUUACUCAUAAGGACGGCAAUAAUAAAGAGAUAGUAAUUAAUAUUGAAAGAGGCUGUCUUGAGAGUGGACAGGAAGAUUUUCUUGAAGAGAAAAAUAAGGAAUUAAUGAAUGAAUAUAAUUAUUUAAAAGAAAAACUGUUUCAGUAUGAAAAAGAAGCAGCAGAAGAAGUGAUUACGAGACAACUUUCAGAAGAACUGGCUGAUAACCUUAAAAAAUUAUCUGUGUCAGAGUCUCCACUAGAAGGUACAUCACAUUGUCACAUUAAUUUGGAUAAGACAUGUGCUUCAAAGAAGAAAUUAUUUCAAGUGGAAGUUGCAGCUGAAGGACUAAAUGAAGAAUUAAGAAAACUUUUUGAGUUAGUAUCAUCACUGGAGGAUAAUGUGAAUCAAAUAAGAAAGAAAAAUAAUGAAUUAGAAGAAGAGACAACUGGAUAUAAGAAACUCCUAGAGAUGACAAUAAAUAUGUUAAAUAUAUUUGGAAACGAAGAGUUAAGUUUCCAUGGAGACUUAAAAACAGAUCAACUGAAAAUGGAUAUUCUGAUGAAUAAGCUAAAACAUAAGUUUGAUGAUCUUAUAGCAGAGAAGGAAGCUGUAUCUUCAAAACAUGUCAGUUUGGCUAAAGACAAUCAAGUUAUUCAGCAGGAGUUAUUAUCUAUGAGAAAAGUACAACAGGAAUGUGAAAAACUUGAGGAGGAUAAAAAGAUGUUAGAAGAAGAAAUAUUAAAUCUUAAGACACAUAUGGAAAACAAUAUGAUAGAACUUGAUCUAGUACGAGAAUAUACAUUGGAGCUAGAAGAAAGGACAGUGCAGGUACUGGAAAAAUUAGAAGAAAUCCAUUUACAGGUUAGUUUUUAAAAUCAGGUAAGUUUAUCUGUAAUAUGCUUUCAAUCCUUUCACCGCAAAUUAUAUUUUGGAUAUGUAUAUAUUGUAUUUCCUCUACAUCUCUUAUAACACUUUGUU